UUUUUAGAGUCUUUUCCCAUAUAGGUCAUUACAGAGUACUGAGUAGAGUUCCUGUGCUAUACAGUAGGCCCUUAUUAGUUAUCUAUUUUAUAUAUAGUAGUGUGUAUAUGUCAGUCCCAGUCUCUCACUUUAUCCCUCUCCCUCCUUGCCCCCUUGGUAACCAUAAGUUUGUUUUAUACAUCUAUGACUCUAUUUCUAUUUUGUAAAUAAGUUCAUUUGUACCUUUUUUUAGAUUCCACGUAUAAGCAAUAUCAUAUGAUAUUUGUCUUUCUCGUCUGACUUACUUCACUCAGUAUGACAGUCUCUAGGUCCAUCCAUGUUGCUGCAAAUGGCAUUAUUUCAUUCUUUUUUAUGGCUGACUAAUAUUCUACUGUAUAUAGAUAUUCUAAUAUAGAUAUACUAAUAUUCUACUGUAUAUAUAGAUAUUCUACUGUAUAUAUAUAUCUUCUUUAUCCACUCCUCUGUUGACGGACAUUUAGGUUGCUUCCAUGUCUUGGCUAUUGUAAAUAGUGCUGCAGUGAACUUUGGGGUACAUGUAUCUUUUUGAAUUAUGGUUUUCUCCAAAUAUAUGCCCAGGAGUGGGACUGCUGGAUCAUAUGGUAGUUCUAUAUUUAGUCUUUUAAGGAACCUCCAUACUGUUAUCCAUAGUGGCUGUACCAAUUUACAUUCCCACCAACAGUGUAGGAGGUUUCCCUUUUCUCCACCGGCGAGGUUGUGUUCUAAUUUCAUUGAUUUACAUGCAGCUGUCCAACUUUCCCAGCUACACUUGCUGAAGAGACUGUCUUUUUCCCAUUGUGUAUUCUUGCGUCCUUUGUUGAAGAUUAAUUGACCGUAGGCGUGUGGGUUUAUUUCUGGGCUCUCUGUUCUGUUCCAUUGAUCUGUAUGUCUGUUUUUGUGCCAGUACCACACUGUUUUGAUUACUGUAGCUUUGUAGUAUUGUCUGAAGCCUAGGAGGGUUAUGCUUUUCACUUUGUUCUUUUUCCUCAGGAUUGCUUUGGCAAUUCUGGGUCUUUUAUCGUUCCAUAUAAAUUUUAGGAUUAUUCUAGUUCUGUAAUGUCAUGGGUAAUUUGAUAGGGAUGGCAUUAAAUCUGUAGAUUGCUUUGGGUAGUAUUGCCAUUUAGCUUUAUCUGAUUCUGUUUAAGUUUUUUAAAAUAUUGUUAAUUUUGUCACAUACUCAUUUUUUUCCCUAAACCUUUAUGCUGUUCUUUUUCUGCCCUUAUAAGUCAAUGGUUACCCCAUUGAUACUGAUUUUUCUUCUACAGGAAUGGAUGAUAUUUGUAAAUACAAUUAACCCUUGAGCAACAUGGGUUUGAAAUGCACGCGUCCACUUAUAUGCAGAUUAUUUUCAGUACUAAAUACUACAAUACUACAGGAUCAGUGUUGGUUGAGUCCUUGGGUACUGGGGGCUGACUAUGAGUUAUACUCAUAUUUGCUACUGCUGGAGGGUUGGUGCCCCAACCCCUGCAAUUGUUCAAGGGUCAGUUGUAUAUAAAUAUAUGUACCACACCAGCCAUGGAUUUCUAGUGUUAUCUGAAACAGUUAUUUUAAUUUCCUGCUUCUACCCUGUCACAUAAGUAGUCCUGAUUUGCUAAAGAUAAAUAUGUGUGUAUCUCCUUAUCCCUAUAAUGUGAUGCAUUUUUAUAUAGCAUAUACCACCACCUGAUACUAUUUUGUUAAUUUAGUGGUCCUCCUUCAAACGAUUAUAAGACCCAGGCACUUUAGUAUUUUUCUGUUUUGUUCAGUGCUGUGUCUCCUGUGACUGCACAUAGUAGGACAGGGUGAAUAUUACCGAAAUAAAUAUGAGAUGAAGGAGCAGGAGGUCAGGGCCUUAAGGGAAGCAUCCCUGCUGAAGACAUAGGGCUUAGUCAAGAGAAGGAGCUCAAAGAUAAAACACUUGAAUAGAAUACUUCAUUUGUCUACUCUCCAUAGUGUGCCCAACAGGGUUCUAGGCCAGACCCUGGUAAUGUUAGGGCAUAAGGGCCUCACUGACAACUAAAUUGUAGGGUAUAUGUUCAGAAAUACACUCAUUGGGCAUUUAGGCUUUGAAGGUAAAUACAGCUGCAUACACACAGCUCCUCAGCAGCUUUCUAAUUGAGUAGCAUUGAGCACAUAGUUAAGUGACUCUUUCCAAGAUUCUUCAACUAUAAACUGGUUUUGAUAGGAUCUGAUUUGCAGAGUUUCUAUGAAUAAUCUUUUUGCAGAGGUAUAGGCAUCUCUUUGCCAAGUCAUUCUCAUAUCUUGGUUGCUUAAAUGGAGCAUGUUAGUAAAGAAUGUUACAGUUUGUAUUGGCUUUAAAAUACAUACUUCAUCCACGGCAGUGGAAGAAACUGUUGCAUUUUCGUUAUUUGAAAUUUGUGCAGUAGUGCUACAGAUAUCACUGUGAGAGAUGACACACACUGCUAACUUCACUCCGAGUGUUCUUGUUCUGCUGCUGCUGUACCUCCUGUACAAUUCCUGCAGAAUUGAGUAGGAGAAGUCUUCUCUUGCCACCUGCAUGUGGAAUUCAGUCAGUUGAUGCUCUUUCUCAAAAACCAGGUUUUGGGGACCCUGCAGCCCUUGUGGGAGAGGGUCUAGUAGUCAGGGACUGAGGAGUAAUACAUGUUAGCCUGCCAAGCAGUACAGAAAUAAAUAUUGGAAGUGGAACCCCCGGAAGUCUGGCAUACAGGUCACACUUUCCUGGAUUUGAGAUGGUGUGUAUAUUCUUACUAUUGAAGGCAUUCUCUGAUUUUUUUUUUAUGUUUUCAUUAUUAUGGUCAAAUUGACAGUUAAAUUUUUUUAGACUACAGUUAACUUGCUUACAAAAUGGGACUCUUAACCUGUUUUUUUUAUGAUCUACAAGAACCAGAGGACUGUUUUAUAGCUCUAGAGGAGAUAAGAUUGCUCUAACUUCUUCCCCCCUCCCUCUAUUUUCUUACAAGAUUGAUGUGUGUUUGCUUGGGUGUCUUGGGGCUAUGCAUGUCUGUGUGUGUGUGUGUUUUGAGGGGAGUGAUCACUCCUAACAGAUAUGCUGCAAAAUCCACAGUCUUGAUUAUGGAAAUUGUGGGGAGACCCAGAUUCUCGUGUCUUCUUUCUCCUGCCUCAGCUCUAACUUCUCAAUACUCUGUCUUUCUUCAUGAAGGGAACAUGGAGGAAGAAAGAACAGCUGCUGAGUUACAGAAAAAUAUGACACAGGAACCAGUGGUCUUUGAGGAUGUGGCUGUGGACUUUACCCAGGAGGAGUGGGCUUUGCUAGAUCUCGCUCAGAGAAACCUCUACAGAGAUGUGAUGCUGGAAAACUUCCGGAACCUGGCCUCAUUAGGGUAUCCACUACACACACCCUAUCUGAUCUCCCAGUGGAAACAAGAGGAGGACCUGGAGAUAGCAGAGAGAGGACCCACCCAGGGGGAGCAUCAGGAAGGUUUUGAGACUCAACUUAAAACUAAUGAAUUAGUCGCCGCACAAGAUAUUUAUGGAGAAAAAAUAUCCAGUGAACAGAAUGUAGUAAGAUUCAAAAGGAGUGCUUCCUCGUUGUCCAUUUUACACAAAAGCUGGGAAUACCAUGGUUUUGAUUAUCAGAACAAAAACCAUGAGAGACAUUUGAGAAGUCACAUGGUGGAGAACAUCUAUGAACAUAACGAAGAAAAUCAGUGUAGACAAACUUUCAGCCAUAUCUCAAAUCUUAAUAUACUCAAGAGAACUACUGAAGUAAAAGCCUUUGAAUGCCAAGAGUGUAAAAAGGCCUUCACAGAUCAUUUAUCCCUUAAGAAUCACAUAAGGUCUCACACUGGAAGCAAACCCUAUCAGUGUAAGGAAUGUGGGAAAGCUUUCCAUUUUUUUGCUUGUUUUAAGAAGCAUAUGAAAACUCCCACUGAAGAGAAACCCUAUGAAUGUAAGGAAUGUACCAAAGCCUUCAGUUGUUCUUCAUUCUUUAGGGCGCAUAUGAAGAUUCACACAGGAAAGACAAACUAUGAAUGCAAGGAAUGUGGGAAAACCUUUAGCUGUUCUUCAUCCCUUACAGAGCACAAAAGAAUUCACAGUGGAGAUAAGCCUUAUGAAUGUAAGGAGUGUGGGAAAGCCUUUAGUUGUUCCUCCUCACUCUCCAAACACAAAAGAAUUCACAGUGGAGAUAAGCCAUAUGAGUGUAAGGAGUGUGGGAAGGCCUUCAGUUCCUCUUCUCACCUUAUAAUACAUAUAAGAAUCCAUACUGGAGAGAAGCCUUAUGAAUGUAAAGAGUGUGGGAAAGCCUUCAGUGAGUCCUCAAAGCUCACCGUACAUGUCAGAACACAUACGGGAGAGAAACCCUAUAAAUGUAAGGAAUGCGGGAAAGCCUACAAUUGUCCAUCCUCCUUAAGUAUCCAUAUGAGAAAACACACUGGGGAGAAACCCUAUGAAUGUCUGGAAUGUGGAAAAGCCUUCUAUCUUCCCACUUCCCUGAAUACACAUGUGAAAAAUCAAAGUAGAGAGAAACCCUACGAAUGUAAGGAAUGUGGAAAAGCCUUCAGUUGUCCCUCGUCCUUUAGAGCACAUGUGAGAGAUCACACUGGAAAGGUGCAGUACGAAUGUAAGGAAUGUGGGAAGGCCUUUAGUCGUUCCUCAUCCCUCACCGAACACUUAAGAACUCACAGUGGAGAGAAGCCUUAUGAAUGUAAGGAAUGUGGGAAAGCCUUUAUUAGUUCCUCCCACCUUACGGUACAUACAAGAACUCACACUGGAGAGAAACCUUAUGAAUGUAAGAAAUGUGGAAAAGCCUUCAUUUACCCCUCAGCCCUUAGGAUCCACAUGAGAACGCACACUGGGGAGAAACCCUAUGAAUGUAAGGAGUGUGGGAAAGCCUUUCGCCAUUCUUCAUACCUUACUGUCCACACAAGGAUGCACACUGGAGAGAAACCCUUUGAAUGUCUGGAAUGUGGGAAAGCAUUCAGUUGUCCUUCAUCCUUUCGAAGACACGUAAGAAGCCACACUGGUGAGAAGCCCUAUGAAUGUAAGGAGUGUGGGAAAGCUUUUGUUUGUCCCGCUUACUUUCGAAGACAUUUGAAAACUCACACUAGAGGAAACAUAUAAAGUAAGGAAUAAGGAAAUGUCUGCAAGGCUUUUUCAGAUCUUAGCACGCAAGGUCUCACACUGUGGAGACACCCUGUGAAUGUAGGAAACUGUCGCUCAUCGUUUUGAAGACUUGAGAACUCACAACUAAGAGGAACCCUGUGUAUGUAAAUCAUGUAACACCUUCAUGAACGUCACUUACUGUGUUCUAAGAAAAUUCAUACUAGAAGCAAAGAUUGGUGCCUCAUCCUUAAAGUGGACUACUGCUGGCUUGUUGAUUUCCAGUUUUAAUUUUCUGAUGAAUGUUUAAGGUGAUAAAUUUCCCCUAAUACCAUUCAGCUGUAGCUGCAUAUGUUUUAUGAGGUGCUUUUGUUUUGGUUUGGAUGUAAAUGUUAUUUCCAUUACAGAGUUUUUUGGACCCAUCGGGGAGUUGAAGUGUAUUUUUUUGUAUGCAGGCAUGAGUGGUCUUUUUUUAUUAUUAUUAUUAGUUUCUAAUUUACUCUCAUUGUUCUCUAAGUAUGCAGUCAUUGUGGUUAUCAACACUUCGGUAUUUGUAAUUUCUUUUGUAAAUGGUAAUUUCAUUUUGAUCUAGUAUGGCAGAAACUGGAAAUUGCCUACCCAAUAUUCCCCCACCCCCCCCUUUUUUUUUUUUUUUUGGCAGUACGCGGGCCUCUCACUGUUGUGGCCUCUCCCGUUGCAGAGCACAGGCUCUGGACACGCAGGCCCAGCAGCCAUGGCUCACGGGCCCAGCCACUGCGCGACAUGUGGGAUCUUCCUGGACUGGGGCACGAACCCAUGUCCCCUGCAUCGGCAGGCGGACUCUCAACCACUGCACCACCAGGGAAGCCCUACUUGUCCUUUUUUAAUGUAUGUGUAUCUCUGUCUAUAUCUAGUUACAUACAUAUACGUAAAAUAUGUUAUAAUACACGUAAAUUAUGUGUAUUUUAUAUAUGUGUGUGUGUGUGUAUUGCAGAUAACUUUUCCCAGUCUCUGACAUGUCUUCAUGCUUUUCAUUUUUGUAAACUAUAAAGGGAAUUUAUUGGUUUGAUUACUGAAAAAUCCUUGGGUAUAAGUAACUUCAGAGGUGGCUGGGUCCUGGAGCUAAAAAGAUGUUAUCUGGAUGAGUUCUGUUUCCAUGUCUUGUCUGUGCAUCAUUCUGCAUUAGCUAUUCUUCCUUGUGGGCUCUUUUUCUUCACAGUGGCCCUCAGAAGAUCCAGGCUGCUUUCUUUCUGGGUUGAAGUCUCAGGGAGAAGAGAGUGAUUGUCUUUCUGAACAAUUCCAAUAUGAUUAUUACAGUUAAAUCUGAUUGGCUCACUUGCCAACUGUGAUCGAAUCACUGUGGCCAGAGGAAUAUAAUUCUCUGGUUUGUUUAGGACUGGCUCCCAUACUCAUCCAGAAAAAGAGAGUGGAGUCAGUCCUAACUGAAUCAUAGGGUCCUGGCAAUUGUGAUGUAUAUGGCGAAGGGAAGGAGGCAGCAGGGGCAGGUAGGGUGUAGAAAUAGAGGCAAUAAUAACAUCAGCUAGCACAAUAUGCUCAUUCUGGUCUUAGCAAUGGUAGGGAACUAUGAAGUCUGGGAACUCUCAGCCAAGGCUAAGUAGUUCUAGAAAUCCUUUCAGAAAGGUUUGAUUCCAUCUGUUACCAUCUCUUUAGAUUGCUAAGAUGGUUUCUCAAUCUUUACUUGGCUUUUCAGUAUUUUUGGAUAUCCGGUAGCAAGAGCCUUCCAACUUUUUUAUUCAUCAGGAUUGUCUUCCUUCUCUGUUCCUGAUUUGAUUCUAUAUUAAUUUUAGAUCUUACCAAUUUUCACAAAUCUUCUGGGACUUUGCUUGGGAUUGCAUUGACUUUAGAGAAUAACCUGAAUAAAAUUGACAUCUUUACAAUACUGAGUCUUCUAAUUGAUGAACAUAGUAUAAUUAUCCAUUUAUCUAGGUCGUCUUUAAUUCCUCUUAACAGUGUUUUGUAGUUUUAAUUGUAGAGGUCUUGAAGUAACUUUAAUUUAUUUCUAGGUAUGAGAUAUGUUUUCCUUUGUAAAUAUUUUUAUUUAUUUUUCGAUUUUGGGGGCUAGCACAUAGGAUUGCAAUUUCUUUUUGUACAUUGAUCUUUUAUCCAUGAUAUUUAUAAAUUCAAUUAUUUAUUCAAAUAGUUUAUGAAUUAUUUUGGAUUUUCUGUGUAUACAAUCCUGUCAGUGCCAAUAAAAGAAAGUCUUACUUGAUUUCUAAACUUUA